AUGGAGGACAUUAGACCACCGUCACCACUCCUCCAUUUGGAUCUUAAUAACUUUGACGUACCAGAAGCUGAAAAAUGUAGAUAUGUACUAACUAGUCCUCGCUCGCUUCAGUCGUGCGCAAAAUUGGGCGUAAAGCCCGUGGAGCUCCUAUUCAAGUCACUCCCCGAGUUUAUGGAUGAACACAAAGGCAUGCCUUUAGGAUCACUCAGGACAUUAUACGAUGCCCACGAACGAGAGCGGCUUCGACUUUUGCGUCUCUGCCGAGAAGAGCGAAACAGACUUAUGGAGAGAGGAGGAGGCAUUGGCGCGGCCAUAAAACAAGUUCCUUCUGCCCUAGAAACGGUUCUGGAGCAAAGGUCAGACGACCAAAGCACUGCCAGUAAAACACCAAAGGCCACCAAUGGCGCGCAACAGAAAGCGCUGCGAGACAAGUCUGCUGGUAUUUUGAACGGACGGAGGUCGGUGAGCUUCAGUGAAAUUAACAAGUCGUUCAUAGGGGGCAGCGGGGACCAGCACUCGCAAACAACAGUCUCAAAGUUUGAGGGCAGCAGAAGCAACCAGGCUAGGCCCCAGAUGGGCCACUACAGCACCUCCACCGUCAGCUUGGGGGACCUGCACCACUCCCAGGCCACGGAGAGGCAGAUGGAGCAACUGACCAGGGACAUCCAGAGCAAGAUGAGCAUCACCGUGCCCAGCAAGGACCGCAAGAUCGCCGCGCUCAUGCUGGUGCGGCGCGAGGACGAGCUCUCGCGGCAGCAGCUGAGCGUAUGGGAGGAGAGGCACCGGCACGAGGAGCAGAGGCACCAGGAGGAGCAGCGCCUCCACACCGAGCGCUUGCGCAAGAAGGAGCUGCUGCGCCGCAUCCGGCGCUGGCAGGAGGACGUGGAGGCACGCAGGAAGAGGAGGAUGCGCGAGGAGGUGCAGCAGGCCGAGAUGCGUGAGCAGGAGAUGGCACGGCACGAGGAGCGCUGGCGGCGACUCGCCCAGGAGAAGGAGGCGCGCAGGAAAGAGCGCAUGGAGGCCGCCCGGCGCGAGGCAGAGGACCGCAAGAUCUCCCAGGAGCGCCUCCUCCACGACCGCGAGAGGCAGGAGAUGCAGGACCGCGAGAGCGAGACUCGGCUGGCCCAGCGCCGGGAGCAGAGGGCACGCCGCGCACGCAGGAGCCAGGAGCACCAGGAACGCCGACGCUUGCAGCAGGACAACUUCCGAGAGCAGCUGCGGCACGUCAUGCAGCAGAGGGAGACGCAGGAGCAGAGCCAGCUGGAGGAGGAGGCCCGGAGGAGCCUCCUGGAGCAGAAGCUGCUGCGCUCGGGCCAGAACCGGGCCAGCCUCCUGCAGCGCCGCAUCCAGGAGCUCCAGUUCCGGGCCGCCCGCGAGGCCGAGCAGCUACGCGAGGCCCAGCAGCGCGCCGGCUGGCACCGGAGGCAGCUGGUGAGGGACAAGAAGGUGCUGGCGCAGCUGGGCCAGCAGAGGGCGCAGCAGGCGGAGCAGCGGGCGCACGUGCAGCGCAGCAAUCGGGUGACGCAGCUGCGGCAGGAGAACCGCCGGAAGGAGCAGUGGCACCGGCAGCUGCGGCAGCGCGUCCGGCAGCAGCAGGAGCGGGAGCAGGAGAUGAGGCAGAGGGCCGCCGCCGAGAAGGAGAGGAGGUGCGAGCGGCUCAGCCAGAGGAGGCAGGAGCUGCAGAAGGAGAGCCGGCGCGUGGCGGAGGCCUCCUUCCGCAUGAGGGAGCGCGUCAGGGAGCAGGCGUCGCCCAAGUCCUUCCACAAGAUGGCUCUGGAGGCCCAACUCUAUUCCUCUAUGAGUAAACUCAAGCUGUGACACAGACAG